UGUGUAGAAUGAAAACAAAAAAGCAAACUCAUCAAAGAAAAAACCGCUACAUUUGGGAACUUCAACGACCCUCCUGAACUUUCAAACUAGUAUUAAAUUUGCUUCAUGAUUUUGGUCAAAAGAAAAACCACAAAAGGACCAAACAAAAUCAAGAGAGAACACUGAAAAAGCAAGAACAAGAGAAGAAACAAAAGAGGAUGUUGAAUUAAUGCAGAAGAAUGGAGGAUCAAUCUUUUGGAAGGUUCCGAAAACCAAAAGGGUCUAACAUAAAACAGGUAUUGAAGUUGAUGUUAGUUUUGGUGUUUUCUGGUUGGUUGCUGUAUCAGAUCAAGCAGACAGAAACGAAGAAUUAUGGUGGUCAAACCAAGGUUGUUGCAGGAUGUGGUGGAAUAAAAUUGUUGGGACGAAAAGGGAUGGGACGAAAAGGGAUACCGACACGAUUGGAUGAAAGAUCUUUUCAUGAGUCAAGAAUUGUUGAUUCUGUUGGAGAAGCUGGUGGAGUGGAUCAUGUAUCUGAUGGAGCCAUCGAUGCUGGUGUAAUAAUGAAGGAAAUAGAUGAAGUCCAAAGCUAUCAUGAUGAAAAUGGUGUUCCGCCCGACAGUAACGAAGACAACGAAACUAAAGAGGAGGAAAACGAGAAGCAUAAAAAUGUGGUGGCGAGUGCUGCAAAUGCUGGCGUAAUAAUGGAGGAAAUAGACGAGGUCCAAAGCUUUCAUGAUGAAAACGGUGUUCCGCCCGAGAGUAAUGAAGAAACGAUUUCAACUUUUAGCAAAGUAAAUUGGCUUAAAAAGAUCAAUGUUUAUGAUAUCACAAAUGGAGAAGAUAAUGAUGUCGAAAUGAACUUGGAAGGAUCAAUGAAUGCUACACAAGACAGCAAAUAAAUAAACAUGGAAACUACUGCUUAUGUUGAUACAUCAGAAUUGCAAUCAAGAAAUAGGUGGAGAUAGCUUAGUUUUAAGAGAUUGUAAAUAUGCUUUUAUCAUUACAAACAAAAGGUUAUAGAUGACAGAUAUCAUUAAAAAAAAGUUUGUAAGAAGGUGUAAGUCCUAGGAUCAGAGGAUGUAUUUUUUCUAUAAUUCAUGAACAUAUAUGAUGUAAGAAUUUUAAGGUUC